AUGGAAGAUCAAUUGACGUUGCAGAGUAUAUUAGAUGAAAUUCAAAAUAGUAAAAACGAUUUAAUAAAUGUUAUAGAAGCCAGUAAGGCUAGACUGCGUCUUGAAAUAGAGAGGCAGAAUAAUAAAAUUAAACAAUCAACAAAAGAAAACACUUUAUUAAAGGAGAAGAUAGAAAUAUUAGAUUCAACAAACAGAAAAAAUAAUAUUAUUAUCUUUAUCUUAAAUAAAUCACCACAGGACGCUACAUCACAACUAUUUCGCCAAGAGUUAAAACAACUUCUUGAAGUUGAUCUAAACGAAAAAGAAAUAAAUGAUAUAUACUAUCUAGGCAAAUUAUUUAAUGCUCCCAUUAAAGUUGAAUUAACAACAUAUUUGCAAAAAAGAACCAUUCUUAAAAAUUGUUAUAAAUUAAAAGGACUGAACGUCAGUAUCGUAAACGAUCUUGCACCGAACCAGAGAGAAGAACAAAAAAUCUUAAGAUACUGCCAAAGAAUAGAAAGGGAAAAAAAUAACAAUUCCAGGUGUUAUAUAAAACACAAUAAACUGAUUAUUGAUGAUAACGAGUACACUAUUGACGAACUGGCAGGAUUAGAACAUCCGGAAACGGAAAUAAGAAAAGCAUCCAGUGUACCAAGAAGGUAA